AUGCCUGGAUCGAAGUCAAAAUCCCGCUAUAUUUUGCUUGGCGAGGCUUUGGGAACCAACCAUACGCGCAAUAUGCUCGGUCGUGUGGUUCGCGACAAGAAAUGGCCGCUUCAUCAUUUUGUGCCGGCGGAUCCUGAUGCCGAAGACGGCGAAGGUGGCAUCAACCCUUGUCAAAUCCUCAAGAAAAUCUCAGAGGGGUCUGUGAAGAGUAGUCUUAAGAACACUAUGAACAGUUAUGAGGGAAGCGAGGCCAAAGCAGAGAUGACGAGGUUGUUGAACUUGCAUGCCAGUAAUACGACCCAUCGAAAUGCUCAAGUCACUUCUGGGACAAUCACUAAAUACACCAUGACGAAUGUAAAUCGAAAAUUGAAAAAGCUGAUGGAAAACGAUCUAUACUGCCAGGCAAUAAUGGAAGAGCUCAAUGCAAGACCAAGACCACAAGAACCAUUGCUGGUGGUUGGAAUGCUCACUUGUGAAGAUACGAAGGUAGAAUUGGGCGCAGGGCGUAAUCAGGCCUUUGGUGGUGGAGGUGGUGUAUCUGGAGACCAGACUGGUAUCCCCGGGGCCAGUGCUCACGUUGCGUAUCAGAAUGCUGGAGGUGGCUCAGGAACGACAACGCAGACGCUCCAAGAGGAGGUCAUCUUAGCAUUGGCUUAUGAUACUGUAAAGUUGAAGAGAUGUGCGAAAUGGCUAUGCCUUUCCCACGAUGCGGAAGAGGACAAAGUCACCACAGGCCGUAAAGUAUUUGGCGAUGGACCUGAGCUUCUUGGUCCAGCGGACGACGAGGAAAGCUCCGGAGAUGACGACGUUUCGAGCGGCGAUUUUCUUAUUUGCGUCCGUUGA